CUUGUCGAGGACGGAAGAGGAGAAUAUAGUACAUCUUCGUCUCUCGGCUCGGGAGCCGCGGCUUCUCUACCUCAGAAUGGAGAUGAGGAAUCUGCAGGAUCGAUCUCUGUCGAGGACAGUAUCCACUAUGCUAGUGUGCACGAAAAGGAGACGAGUGAAAGCAAGAACAGUGCUGGAGUUGGAAUAGCCCAACACGAUGACGAU